UGCAAGUGUUAUAUUCAGCUGUCAUCAAAGGCGCCUGCAGCUGACACGCCACCAACCAUCAGACACAAUGUCAUACGGGUCCAUUGAUGGAGGCUCCUUUGGCAGUCGCAACCCAUUUGGAGGUCCUACGAGGCAGGGCUACCAGCCAGUAGCCACACAGGUCAGCCCCUCAGAACUGCAAGAUGUGUUUCAGGAGACCUCCUCCAAUAUCUUCCAGAUCAACGCCAACGUUGUAACACUAGAGAAGAAUCUGCAAUCACUGGGAACAUCUAGAGAUACAGCAGAGCUACGACAGAGUCUACACUCCAUGCAGCAGCAAACCAACAAAGUCAUCACCAGCACUAGCCAACUCAUCAAACAGCUCUCUGAUAUAAUCAGCGGCUCUUCACGGCAAGACCGUCUGCACCUGACCAGACUAAAGACUGAACUCUCAGAGUCUGUGCAGCGCUAUGGGGAUCUGCAGAAGAAAAUUGCAGAGCGUUCAAGGGCCUUGCUCCCUCCAGCACAGAAAGACAAGAAGAAGAGUCCCCAGACACCAAUCGAGGAGGGUCCUCUGUUUGGAGAAGCAGUGGGCUCAGAGGGAGGAGCUCAGGCUUUCCUAUCUGAGAUCAGUGAGGAGGAUGUGGAGGUUCUUCGCCAAAGAGAGGAGGCCCUGCUGCAGAUCGAAAGAGACAUGCUGGAUGUCAGUCAAAUCAUGAAGGAUCUGGCCAGUAUGGUCCAUGAACAAGGUGACGCCAUAGACAGCAUCGAAGAUUACAUCCAGACUACAUCAUCCAACGUGGAAUCAGCCAAUCAGGAGCUCGCGAAGGCCAACCAAUACCAGAGGCAGCUGAGGAAGAGGAAGUGCUACCUCCUGGUGGCCGGAGCCAUCGUCCUCACCAUCCUCAUCAUCAUCAUUGCUGUUUCAGCAAGAAAAUGAGACCGGCCACUGUGGUAGCUGCUGUCAUUACCGUGUCACUGCAGUGCUCCUGCCCAGUCUGAUCCCUGACCUGAGCAGCUGGUUUCCAGUAGGAGGGAGCUGCCCUGCAACAACAUCUCUACUCCAUCAUUCCUGCCUCUGUUUACAUGUGCAUCAGUGUGGGGAUGGAGGCCUUUCUCAGCAUACCAAUUUGUCAAGAGUAAGCCCUAGCCGCAGCCUCUCAUCUAAUCAUCAUUGUGCUUAAUAUUACUUUUUUUUUCAUUGAAACUGAAGUCAUAAAUGUGAAUUUAGUGAUUACAUCAGAGGCACAAGCUGGGGUGUUUUCUGACUUACUGUGUGCUGUGGAGGGUUACUGUCGUAUAUUACAGAGCUUCAGCUCUUAUCUAUGGUGUUUUAUCAGAAAACCAGAUGAAGGUAGAGCAGGAGUUUUAGGGUGCAGACAGCUUGAACUUUACAGUCUUCACUGCUGUACUGUAUGCUCUGUUUCUUUUAUGUAUUUUUACUGAAAUUAUGUCCAUAUUUAUCAGCUUGUAGUGUACUUUAAUCAGUAUUAUAUUGUAGCGUUUGUUGCUAUUGUUAAAUAUUGUUUAACCAAAUAAAACUUCCCAAAUAAAAGUCUAAGUUCAACAUUAAAGCAAAGCUUUGCCUGUGUU